AUGACUCUCUUUGGUGGCCUUGGUCAACGACGGGGAUCCAAACCCCGGGACCUGCACAUCCGCAAGGUCUCCUUCUCGGGCUGCUCUCUCGCUUCCACAUCCGACCGGUCAUUCUCUUCAGAUUCAUCAACAUCUACCAUCCGCGGCUUCACUCCUCGCUUGGCCACCAACAGCGGCACUGCUUCCAGCUUCGACGCUUUCUCUAUCCACUCAGCCUCCCAACCCCCCAAAAGGUUGCACGACCGGCCUUUCAUCCCACUCAACCAGCACCACUACAACUCUGCGCCCACAUUCUACGACAGCGAGGAUACCGACAGCAGCGACCUUGAGGCUUCCGAGAGAGAUUUUGAUGGCGAGGAUGAGGAUCAGACCCAGUUCGUCAUGGAGCUUCCUCAUGCUAGUCCCGUGAGCCACCACGACUAUGAGGGUGACGAGCCACGGGAUUAUUUCUUCAUGCACAUCAACAGCAGACCUGCCCUACCCCGGUCUCGCUGGUCCGAGUCUACCAUUGCAUCAGUAGAGUCACUGGAUGAUCUUACUCCCAGCACAAGCAUGUCUGAGCCUGCUUCGUCAAGCGCCAACGCGGAUGCCGACCAAGCUGAAGCCGCAGGCGAAUCUACACCUCGGACCGAUACCUCCAAUACAGUCCCCAAGAGGCCGACAUUCAGGACCAUCGACAGCUUUGAGGACUAUGUUAGGCGUGGAGGCUGGAAACGAAGAGGCGUUGUCUUCCAUCGCGACGACAUGGACACAUUCUAA